ACUCCCCUUUUCAGCACCGUGGACAGUGCAUAUUUUUCCACGCGCGACGCUCGGCAUCUCGACUCGAGCUGUACUUUUGUUUUUCUAAAAACGAACACUUGUCCAAUCGUGAGGUCAGCUGACACUGGUAAUGGCCACCUACCCCACCCCUCUCUCUACCUCCUGUCGACCAACACACGGACUCAACCAGCAAGUUGCUGCAUUUUUAAGUUUCCUUGCACGGGGACCGACGAAGAGAGAGACAAGGUCGACAGGCAUAUACUACUUUAGCCUCUUAGAAAAAUGUACUUUUAUAAACGUCAAUCGCGUUAUUUUUGUGACUCUCAAAGGAUAAAGAAAUAGGAUCUUGCGUUUUUGUUUUUAUUUUUUCCUAAUAAGCUCCUAUCAUUAAGCUCAGCAGUCGCCCUUCUUGCUUUCCUUUCCUCGGUAUAUCUCACUCAACCGCCCAUUGACUUUAUGUUUAUCUGAGCUGAAAAGCAUCACUGCUCAGAAUGUUGCUAGAACAUCCUGGAUCGAGUUGUCAAAAUCCUGGGAAUUUCUCCCGAUACAGCGCAGGUCAAGAGAUUCCUGUAUGCGCGGGCUGUAAUCAACACAUCGUGGACCGCUUCAUCCUCAAAGUGCUGGACCGCCAUUGGCACAGCAAGUGCCUGAAAUGCAGCGACUGCCAAUCCCAACUAGCGGACAAGUGCUUCAGCCGGGAAGAUAGAGUCUACUGCAAAGAAGACUUUUUUAAGAGAUUUGGGACCAAAUGUGCCGCGUGUCAGCAAGGUAUUCCGCCGACGCAAGUGGUGAGGAGAGCGCAGGAUUUCGUGUACCACCUGCACUGCUUCGCGUGCAUCGUGUGCAAAAGGCAGCUCGCGACAGGUGACGAGUACUACUUGAUGGAGGACAGCAGACUCGUGUGCAAGGCUGACUACGAAACCGCCAAACAGAGAGAGGCAGACUCAACAGCGAAAAGGCCACGAACGACUAUCACCGCCAAACAGCUCGAGACCCUGAAAAACGCUUACAACAACUCUCCAAAACCUGCCCGCCACGUACGAGAACAGCUAUCGUCAGAAACUGACCUAGAUAUGCGAGUUGUUCAGGUGUGGUUUCAGAACAGGCGAGCAAAAGAGAAGAGGCUGAAGAAGGAUGCAGGCAGACAGAGGUGGGGACAGUACUUCCGCAACAUGAAGAGGUCGCGAGGCAGUUCAAAAUCAGACAAGGACAGCAUCCAGGAGGAGGGCAUGGACAGCGACGCUGAGGUUUCCUUUACAGAUGAGCCACCCAUGUCUGAGCUCAGCCACUCCAACGGCAUCUACAGUGGCCUGAGCGAGUCGUCCCUGGCCAUGGGGUGCCGCCAGGAGAGCAGCCACGGCCCCUUCCCCCUAGAGCAUGGAGUCCUCCAGUCCCAGGACCAGUACCACAACAUCCGCUCCAGCAGCCCUUACGGCCUACCCCAGUCCCCAGGCUCGCUUCAGUCCCUGCCCAGGCACCAGCCCCCCAUCUCCAGCCUGGUCUACCCUGACUCUGGCCUGUCCAUCAUGACCCAAGGCGGGGCCCCCGGGCUGAACCCAGGCAUGAGAGGAGUGUUGGGUGGCGCUAACGGCCCCAGCUCCGAUCUGUCUACUGGCAGCAGUGGGGGCUACCCAGACUUCCCAGCGAGCCCAGCUUCCUGGUUGGAUGAAGUGGACCACGGCCAGUUUUGAUUAGCUGGGUUGAUUGGUCAACGUGGUCUAAGGACUCAAAGGUGUGUGUCACAAACUGGAAAGAGACAGUCACACAUGACCUGUGAAACAGAGAGACCGGGUCAGACGGUUGCUGUCUUCCACCCUUCUUGGAUCACUCCAUCUGUCUCUAUCAAUUAACUGUCAAUCUUUUUCAUUUCUCCUCAUCUGAGUGGACUGGAAGGAAUGAUUGGGCCAUCAAAAAGUAUGAAUGGCAGCACUUGGAACUCACACACUCCAUUCCUCAUAGAGAACCAGACUGAGAUUCAUGGCGUGCUGGCCUGUUAUGAAUGCUAUCUUUGUGACAACAUAACAAAUUUCAACUUUUGCCCAAUUGGAUUGUGAUAGACUCUACCCCCAAUCCUUUCCACCUUAUUCUUCUCUCUGUUUUUUGCAGGUUUUGGUUAAAGUCAGAGUCUUUACAUGUCUGGUUGUUGCCAAAUGUCUAUAUAUAUAUACAUAUUACAGUUUAUCAUUGUGGAGACUUUAUUUUUAUACAACCCCUUCAACAAUAUGAAUACCACAGAUAUUAGUACUUUGUACAUUGACAGCCAGGGAUCUAGACAGGUUGUAGAUGUCGCCUCCCACCGAUAACUGGAGGUGCAAUUACUUCUAUGCAUUUGUGUGUUUUCAGAUGCAUCUUGUUCUUUUCGUUCUGAGCUACCUGGGCAUGAAACCCAGGCUGGUGUAUGUGUUUGUUUAUGUGGAAGAUGUUUUAUGUCUUAUUUAUUCUCUCUGAUGAUGAUGAUGAUGAUGAUUAAGUGAUACAGGUCUUUAAUAAAUGUGUCAGCUAAAUCCAAACUGA